AUGUUGUCGAAGGAGCCUGAGCCCAUGUGCCAGGCGGAGGAUGUAGGCGGGGACGCGCCUGCUUGCAAGCCAGAGCUAUCGACGAACGACCGGUUCUUCCGGUACUUCCAGGAGGAAGUAGCCAAGUUGCAGGAGAGCAUAAGCCUUCUUCCGACUACCCCGUUGGUGGGGGGCGAACAGGUCACAGCCGCGGAUUAUUGUUUAGCUGGUAUUUCACGCCUGUCGGAUGAGGUCAAGGAUGCAUCUUCUUAUAUACCAAGUUAUGAUCAACGAGUGUAUUCAGAGACUAUAAAAUCGCUUCAGGAAAAGCUAGCGGAAACAAAAGCAGCAAUAGCACCUCGCAAGCGCUUUGCUUUUAAGAAAUCACGUCGCACCCCUCCCGUCAGGGGAUCAGCUGAAUCAACGGAAGAUACCCUCUCGCCAUCACCGGCUCCGGCCGCCGAUAUAAGUGAGACCGACGACAGCAACGGCCCCACGCCGUCAGACGACGCGACGAUGCGAGAACAGCCAAACACACCGGACGAACCGUCCGUGGUAUCGUUCAACUAUAUCCGAGACGCACAUAUCGUCCUGCCUACCUCGGCACCGGUCCGGAACGCCUCCGCGGCCAUCAGCAAUAUCCAGCAUUGCGUCGUGGACAUGUCUUCCAUCCCCGAGAUAGGCCGAUCGUUCGCCAACUUCAUCAUCAAGUACGCGUGUGAGAGCCUGCUGAUUUGCGGCAAGGUAGAUGGGGCCGCGCACCUUACCGGAAUCACCGACUCGGUGAUAGUAGUGACAUGUCAGCAGUUUAGAAUGCAUGAUUGCGCCAAUGUGGAUGUGUAUCUGAGCUGUGCUAGUAAGCCUAUUAUUGAAGACUGUGUGGCUAUUCGAUUCAGUCCGCUUCCGGAAUCAUAUUCUGGCCAGAACGGUAAGAAGUCGGAUAAGUGGGCUCUUGUGGAGGAUUUCAAGUGGCUGCGGCCCGAGCAGAGUCCUAACUGGAGUGUUUUGGAUGAAGAGGAUGCUGUGCCGGAUGAGGUGUGGGGAAGGUUACUGGUUGAUAAGGAGAGUUGGUCGCUGGAUGAGAUUCUACGGGCUACUGGCGUUCUGAAGCUGGAGGUUUAG